UCGUUUGAAAGGAAAUCAGUGCAUAGAAGUGCGAUCGAAAUUAAUUAACGCCAGUAUUAGAUCAAACUCGUGUGGUACUUCUUCUCAUCGUCAAAAGAGAAAAAUUGAAAAUGCCGAUUGAUUUGUAUUAUUUACCUGGAAGUGCUCCAUGCAGGAAUGUAUUGCUAACUGCAAAAGCAAUUGGAGUAGAUUUAAAUUUAAAACACUUAGAUUUGAUGAAGGGGGAGCAUCUUACACCGGAAUUUCUGAAAAUAAAUCCGCAGCAUACUAUACCCACGUUAGUCGAUAAUGGAUUUGCAUUGUGGGAAAGUAGGGCAAUAAUGACCUACCUUGCUAAUCAAUACAGCAAGAAUGAUUCAUUGUAUCCAAAAGAUCCAAAAACUAGAGCAGUCAUAGAUCAGAGAUUAUUCUUUGAUGCUGCAACUCUGUAUCAAACAUUUUCUGAUUAUUAU